GAGUUUUGCUAUCUUGCCUGGGCUGGUCUCAAACUCCUAGCCUCAAGUGAUCCUUCUGCUUCGACCUCUCAAAGUGCUGGGAUUACAAGAGUGAGCCACAUAGCACUUGGCCACACAGCACCUCUUACACUAAAUGUAUGGAGAUUGUUUUGCCGGACACCAAGCAAUUCUGACACCAUAGUCUCCAGUGAAGAACAGCUGGAUGCCCUAUGAUUUAGUUCCAAUCUAACACUGUCUACCUGUAGAUAGUGUUAAAUGCUGUAGGAUAAGUUCUCAGUCCCACAAGACGGUGCCAUCCCCCCCACCACUUCAGAUGCAUGCUCUAGGUUGUGACCUGUGUCUAUGACCAGCCAUAAAUUGGGGUUCCCAUGACCCCCUUCUUGGGUUCAGUUAAUUUGCUAGAGCAGCUCAUAGAACUUAGGGAAACACUUUACUUAUGUUUGCCCAUUUAUUAAACAGCAUAUUUUAAGAAAUAUAGAUGAACAGCCAGAUGGAAGAGAUGAAUAAGAUUCUGUCAACUGUUUAAGAACAAAUGCACCUUAUAGCUCAUGGAAGAAAAAACACAAAUCAAGACAUUUUUGGGUUCCAAGUUGCCAAAGUAUGGAACAAAAUCUGUAAGAAGUACAUUGCAGCCAAUGCCAAAUGGGACACCUGUUAAUUUAUUAGGAACUUCCAAGAAUAGUAAUGUCAAAAGUUACAUCAAAAAUAAUGGCUCUGAUUGUCCAUCAUCUCAUUCAUUUAAUUGGAGGAAAGCAAAUAAAUAUCAGCUUUGUGCACAAGGUGCCGAAGAGCCUAACAAUACUCAAAAUUCACAUGAUAAAAUAAUUGAUCCUGAAAAACGUGUUCCUACUCAAGGAAUGUUUGAUAAAAAUGGGAUAAAGGGAGGUUUGAAAAGUGUUUCUUUAUUCACAUCAAAGUUAGCAAAGCCAUCCACUAUGUUUGUGUCAUCUACAGAGGAAUUAAACCAAAAGUCUUUUUCUGGACCAUCUAAUUUGGGUAAAUUCACCAAAGGCACAUUAUUAGGAAGGACUUCAUAUUCUUCGGUCAAUACUCCAAAAUCACAGUUGAAUGGAUUUUAUGGAAACCGAUCAGCUGGUAGCAUGCAAAGGCCUAGAGCGAACUCCUGUGCCACCAGAAGCAGUUCUGGAGAAAGCUUAGCUCAAUCCCCAGACAGUAGUAAAUCUAUUAAUUGUGAAAAAAUGGUAAGGUCACAAAGUUUUUCACAUUCCAUUCAGAAUUCAUUCCUUCCACCUUCAUCUAUAACCAGAUCACAUUCCUUUAAUAGAGCUGUGGAUCUUACAAAGCCUUAUCAGAACCAACAGCUAUCCAUUAGAGUGCCUCUACGGUCAAGUAUGCUAACAAGAAAUUCCCGGCAGCCAGAAGUACUAAAUGGGAAUGAACAUUUGGGGUAUGGAUUUAAUAGGCCUUAUGCUGCUGGUGGAAAGAAGUUGGCUUUACCAAAUGGCCCAGGUGUAACUUCUACUUUAGGUUAUAGAAUGGUUCAUCCCUCUCUACUGAAAUCUAGCCGAUCUCCAUUUUCUGGGACUAUGACAGUUGAUGGAAAUAAAAAUUCACCUGCUGACACAUGUGUAGAGGAAGAUGCUACAGUUUUGGCUAAGGACAGAGCUGCUAAUAAGGACCAAGAACUGAUUGAAAAUGAAAGUUAUAGAACAAAAAACAACCAGACCAUGAAACAUGAUGCUAAAAUGAGAUACCUGAGUGAUGAUGUGGAUGACAUUUCCUUGUCGUCUUUGUCAUCUUCUGAUAAGAAUGAUUUAAGUGAAGACUUUAGUGAUGAUUUUAUAGAUAUAGAGGACUCCAACAGAACUAGAAUAACUCCAGAGGAAAUGUCUCUCAAAGAAGAGAAACAUGAAAAUGGGCCACCACAGGAUAUGUUUGAUUCCCCCAAGGAAAAUGAAAAAGCCUUCAGUAAAACUGAUGAAUGGAUAGAUAUAAGUGUCUCUGACAGGAGUGAAUGUACAAAACAUACUUCUGGGAAUAAUUUGGUUUCACCAGAUACAGACUACAGAGCUGGUUCUUCGUUUGAACUCUCUCCAUCUGAUAGCUCUGAUGGAACAUACAUGUGGGAUGAAGAAGGCUUGGAACCCAUUGGAAAUGUCCAUCCAGUUGGGAGCUAUGAGUCCUCUGAAAUGAACAGCAUAGAUAUUUUGAAUAAUCUUGAAUCAUGUGACCUUGAGGAUGAUGAUCUUAUGCUUGAUGUGGAUCUGCCUGAGGAUGCACCUCUUGAAAAUGUGGAGUGUGACAAUAUGAACCGCUUUGACCGACCAGACAGAAAUGUUCGGCAGCCUCAGGAAGGUUUUUGGAAAAGGCCACCCCAGAGGUGGAGUGGACAGGAGCAUUACCACCUCAGCCACCCUGACCACUAUCAUCACCAUGGAAAAAGUGACUUGAGCAGAGGCUCUCCCUAUAGAGAAUCUCCUUUGGGUCAUUUUGAAAGCUAUGGAGGGAUGCCCUUUUUCCAGGCUCAGAAGAUGUUUGUUGAUGUACCAGAAAAUACAGUGAUACUGGAUGAGAUGACCCUUCGGCACAUGGUUCAGGAUUGCACUGCUGUAAAAACUCAGUUACUCAAACUGAAACGUCUCCUGCAUCAGCAUGAUGGAAGUGGUUCAUUGCAUGAUAUUCAACUGUCAUUGCCAUCCAGUCCGGAACCAGAAGAUGGUGAUAAAGUGUAUAAGAAUGAAGAUUUAUUAAAUGAAAUAAAACAACUUAAAGAGGAAAUAAAGAAAAAAGAUGAAAAGAUCCAACUAUUAGAACUUCAGCUUGCAACUCAGCAUAUCUGCCACCAAAAAUGUAAAAAGGAAAAAUGCACUUAUGCUGAUAAAUAUACCCAAACACCCUGGAGACGAAUUCCUCCUCAAGUACUACAGCCUUCCAGCAGCCUUCCCAGACCCACAGACCACACCCAGGGAAAACUAAUAAAGCCACAAUGUAUCGAGGCCCGCAGUGAAUGCGCAAUCCAAGACAUGCAUCAGGGCGGUGCACAUCCGGAAGAAAGCUUUACACACGUCUUGCAACAAGAAAGCAACUAUGGUUUGGAAGAGCAGCCUUUUUCAUCAGGCCCACAAUUAACAAUGGAUGUGGCUAAGAGUACACCUUCUGAAGCAAACUUAAACAUUACUGUAAAUGCUCAAGAGCCUUAUCAUUUGGCAAACAAUCAAAUUAGUGACAUGCAGUUUAUACCCACUUCUCUUCAGACACCUCCCGAGUCAAGUACAGUAGACCAGGCUAAGAGAGUUGGAAGAAAUCAGUCUCCGCCAGUGGGUUUUAUGUCUCAGCCCAAGUCUUUGCAGCUUUUAAAGCCAUCCAUAUUGAGUUCUUUGGUACCGCCUCCAGUUUCUGAAUCAUCUCCAAGUAGGACUCCCACUUGUAAAAAGUCACCAAUAAUCACAACAUGUAAUUCAGCAAAACUUCAGCCAACAUCUAGUCAAACAAAUCUUGCAAAUAAUCAGAAUCUGAAAGCAUCUAAGCUCCGCCCCCCCUCAGGCUCUUUCAAACAAAAACAAACAAACAGCCCCCAACUAGAGCCUCAAAGCUUCCAGGCCAAGACAAGCAUCCCAAGGCCACUAACACAACGAAAAGAAAUCAUGCAGAAUCCAAAUGGCAAUUUGCAUUCUGGGGAUUGUUUGGCCUCUAAUCGAUAUUCUCGUCUUCCUAAACCAAAGAUACAUUAAGUACAUAGCCAUCACCUGCCAAUUUGUUUCUUAAAAACAAUCUCUUCUGUAAUAGCUUUAUGUGCAGCUUGCAGCUUGCUACUGUGGUGGAGGUUCCAUUGAAAGCCUGCAAAUCUUAAAUUAAAAUGUGGAAGCUUCUACUAGUUUGGCUCCUUCAUUUUAUAUCCUGGUUGAAGUACAUGCCAUUUGAGCAUAAUUAUCUCAGGUAAACACGAAAGUUUGCUUACCCGUUUCAGAGGCCUGCCAAAGGCCCAAAUCAUGUUAUCCAUCCCUCUCCACGUCAGAAAAUUCGUAAUAUUUUACUGAGCAGGCAAGAAGUGUGCUUUGCUGGUUUAGUCCUGUUAAGGUCUGUAUUUAUUGUGGUUGUCAGAACCUCACCCCUUUUCACUUGUCUCUCCUGUGAAUAUGGCUACUAUUUUAACUAAAGAUAUGGUGAUAAUGGAAGAUGGUAGUCUGUAAGCAGAGUUCUGGCCAGUGUUUUGUAUAUUUAAAAGGUCUAUGCAAAAGCUUUGUGAUGAAUAAAGGAGAUUAGGCUUUUAA